GGUGUAUGAGGCGGGUGAGCAGAAGUGCCAGCUGCCCCCUGAACUCCCAUCUCCCUCUUGAACCUGUGGGCCCUGCGGGCCAGCCUGGGCUGGGCUGGGCUGGGAGGCAGUGGCAUAGCCUUUGUCCUGUACGGUAUGCCUAGGCAGCUGUGACACUGAGGAAAGCAGUGCCUGCUGCUCCUGUGUCUCUGCUUGCUGUGGCACCCACCCUGUCAAUCCCCACGGGAAGCUAGCUCAUGUGCUCAGUGGUAGAUGAGCAAGGCCGGGCCAUACUGGCUGAGGUCUUCAGACCUCAGCCCGCUUCCCUCACUUUGCAGGCUCAGACUCAGUCCUCUCUGGUAGGGGCACCCAUGACCUGGCAUCUGCAUACCCAGGCUGCAGAGUCCUGGGGGGCAUAGGUAAGCCAGGGCUCCGGAGAGCUGGGGCCACAGGACCGGAACCAGCUGGAGGGUGGGCGGGUGCAAUGGGGCGGAAGGAACAGGACGGUCUGUCCAGGGUACCAGUUGUGGGGUCUCGGCAGCAGGGAAGGCGUGGGAGUCAGAGAUGUCAGGUAGGUGUUUAAUGACUGGAACAGAUCUCAGGCCCUUCCCCCUGACCACUGCACCGGCCAUGGGCUUGGCUGUGUUUGACCCUGCAGAGCUUGCCAGGGACUUCCCAGGGUGGGCCUGGGUAGCACCCACCUAGGACGGGCUGCAAUGGCUAGUGUAGGAUGCCUUUUCUGGGAACUUAGUUGAGGAAGUGCAGAGAAAAGCAGGGAUGAGCCCUGUGGCUACCUGGCAGGGACUCUGCUGUGGGUCAGAGCUGGGCACAGGGCCACCACUGCGUAAUGAGUGCCCCUGGGCUCAUUCCACCGCUUUGCAAGAAGAGCGGCCAGGCCACCGUCUGGUUAGAGGCCGCCCACGUGGCGGCGGACAGAGCCAUAAAAAUGGUUCCUGCCUGGAGCAGGGCAGGUCCUGGCUGUGGAGCAGCACCUAGACCUCCAGCAGGAUGGGGGUGGCCCAGCUGACCACUCUCCUGGCUUUGGUGUCCUUGCUCAGGGCCCAGGUGGUAUGGCUGGGGAGACUGGAUCCCAAGCAGCUGCUGGGGUCCUGGUACAUCCUCGCCGCGGCCUCCCAUGAGAAGGGUUUCAUGCUGGAAAAGGACACGAGGAGCGUGGAGGGUGUGGUGGUGACGCUCAGCGCAGAGAACGGGCUCAAGCUGCUGUCCUCUCGCUGGGGUGAGCGGCAGCACCCAGUCCAGCCCGGCAGAGGCUUCCUCAGUGACCGUGUCCACCCGUCCAGCCUGAGGACUCUACUCCUGACUAUGCGCCCCCCCCCCCCGUCCCUUCUCUCUGGCUCAGCCCCACACCACACGCUUCCACCUGCCUCUGCCCUCUGUGUCCCUGGGCACUGGGCCCGCUGCUUCCUGGUCCUCAGUUGACUGGGCCAUCUAUCUGUGCUGCAGCCCCUUCUCUCUGGGUCCUUUCUGAGGGACGAGCUCAAGUGGGUCCUUCAUGUGGACCCAUGGGCCCUGGUUCUGUCAUAGAAUGAACUCCAUGGGGAUGAGGUCACCAAGGCUGUGUGCCACACUGGCCACAUGGGCUCGGCUGGCCUUGACCAAUGGGCAACGUGCAGGGCAGGCCCAUGGUGGUGGUGGGGACCUUGGUCGGGGAGGUGGUGGCGUUGGCACCAGUAUCCCUUCUAGGGGAAAGGACCAGGGCCUGUCACAGGCUGGGGUGGCUCAGCCAGCGCUUUCCACCUGGCAGGUGGCUGCGCAGGGAGGCUGGGGGCCCCCGAGACGGAUGGGGCCCAGAUAGAAGCAGCACCCUCCUCUUCGAGCGCUGCCUUCGGGAGCCAGUGCAGCCCCUCCAUCCACAUAGCCAGCCCCGGGUUGAGUGGGGUUCUGCAUCUGUGGCUUGUACAAACACCAGGCUACAAGUGCUGUGGGGUUGGGUGAGCUCCUGGGGAAUCCAGCGCCCAAGCCCGGACCUUUGGCACCUGGGGACACCACAGGCCCACACUGGGCCAGGACCCACAGGGCAGUGGAAACACGGGAAAGUCGAUGUUUCAACAGAUGGUCACUGGGCCCCUGAGGGACCCGUCAGUACCAGGACUUCCGUAGCUUUCAGACUGAGGGAAAGGCAUGUAGGGACUGAUACUGGGGUUUGUGUUUGGGGUGCAGAUGGCAAAGGACCCCAAGGAAACAGCCAGCAUAGGCGCCAGCACAAGGAGCUGGCCAUCCCCAGUGUGUGUCACCAGAGAGGCGACAUUGGCAGCAUCUGCCAGAAUCACAAAUGCACAUCGAUGGGCUCAGAGCAGAACAGGCUGUGAGGGGAGGGGGGCCCAGCUUGCAAGAGUGUGAGGUGUGCUCAAGUCACAGUGUUUAAAUAAAAAAUUAGUACAGCCAAGGCAUGUUGCUCUCAUCCCAGAGCAGGGCUUCCGGAGACCAGGGGCACUGGCGGGAGAUGAUUCUCUCGGUGGCCUCCCUGACUGCCAGCCACUAGCAGACUCCCACGCACCUAUGUCCCCUUGUGGCCCUGCGUUGAGCUGAGUGCUGGGCCUCUGCGUUCCCAGGCCGGACGGCUGCAGCCAGAGCGUGGUGGAGCUGCAGCGGCAGGACUCGGGAUGGGUGUUCAGAACCCCUGUGAGUACGAGGACGCAGGGGUGUCCCUAGGCAGGGCCGGCGGGGACCCUGGGGGAGCCCGGCCCUGUAGUGCCUUCUGCUCCUCAUCGGCAGGGCCAGAGUCAGCCCUGUUCCUCUGCCUUAAAUUAAAGGAUCUGACUUUGUCCAGCUCGGUGCCCAUCCUGAGGGUGAGAGAGGCCUCUUCUCAGACAGUGUGGACCUCGUGUCCUUCAUGCAUGCCCAGACACCCACGGGAGCCCAGCCGAGGUCCCUGGCCUGUCCAUAGGUGCUGAGGGACAGGCUGGACACGAGUAGCCCAGUUGCUUCUCAAUGGCUGCAGGACGAGCUGGGAUGGGCCGUGAGCACAGCAGUGAAGGCACCGCAGCGUCCUGGCCGGGGAGGAGCUGGUGUAGGGCUGGCCGCUC